GGAAUGAGACCGAACACCAAUUUCUUUUGCACAAAACUGUCCCUAUUGGCUUCAAUGAUGGUGACUUCCGAUGAACUUCGCAGAUCCUGACGCGGCCGUCCAAGGCCAACAAGAACUUCCCGUUCCACGUCCGCACCACCCAGAUCGCCGUGAUGGAGGCGGUGGGCGUGGCCGGCGCGUCGCACCUCUACCACUUCGGCCACCACAACUACGCGCCCGGCGGGCCCAAGAUCCCCGCCACGGCGCCCGUCGCCGACUGGAUGCACGAGGUGCCCGUGGGGCUCUUCACCGUGGGGCGGGCCGUCACCGAGCUGAGAACGACCCCGCCGGCGCUGCGGGCGAUGGGGGCGCUGGGCGCGCUGGGCGCGCUGUCCUCGCCCACCAACACCGCGCCGGCCGCCACCCUCUACCGGUCGCCGCCGCCGUCCGCGCCGCCCGCUGACGACCACGAGCUGCCGACGUCGCCGACGAGGACGUCCGCGACGACGUCCGCGCGGAGGCCGGCGCUGCCGCUCGGCGCCGACAUGGCCGGCGGCGACGCCCGCGUGGCCGACGGCCGGGAGAGCUCGGCCAGCUCCAGCCGGGAGUCGUCGUCGCCCGCCGUGGAGCCGCCGCGGGACACCCCCAAGGACCCGCACAUGUUCCUGGCGCCCUCGCUGCGGAGCGCGCUGUCCAGCUCGAGCUCCUCGAACACCGCCCUGGAGCUGAGGUCGCGGCUGGGGUCGGCCGGCCAGGACGCCGCCGCCGCCAUGGCGGGGGGCGGGGGCGGACUGCAGCGGGGGCCGGGGGCGGGCGCGCCUGGCGACGCCGGCGGGCUCGACGCCGCGGGCUCGGCGACCAGCCGCUUCUGAACUCCUUCAACUGUUCUACCACUCGGGUUGAUCGACGUGUUGUGUUCCGUCGGCGGACCAGCCGGACGAGUGUGUUUUUUCGUUGUUGUUUGAAGUGCCGCCGAGGUUUAAUGCCACUAUGGCCCAGAGGGCGGUGGACGGAGCGGACGUAGAGUGAGUAAGGGACCAAACAUCGGAGAGCGAUGCCGAUAUGUUCGUGACGCCAGGAUGGACUCGGACUUCCCGCGCGUAUGGUCAAAAAGCUCACACCAUAGCCAUCGAACUCGGUGAAAUUCCUCUCGUUUUGUGUUUGUUUGUCGUUAUUUUCACGCGCGUCAUGCAUGAAACCCGACGCGAGGAUGUGGGUAACUUGUUAUUAUUAUUGUAUUUUACUUACCAAAAUAAAGACUCAUCGUCUUUCAAA